AUGGCCAGGAUGCAGGAAAGAAUAGAUCGUUUACAACAAGAGCUUCGCGAGAGAGUCGGCGCGGGAAAAGAACCAUCAUGCUCGCUGGUUGCCACCCCCUUUACGGACGACAUCAUGAGUGCCCACUAUCCGCAGGACCUCCAAAUCCCGCUGGCUCACACUUAUUCCGGAAGGCACGACCCGCAAGAGCAUGUCGACAUGUACUAUGGCAACAUGUUGAUGUUGGGAGUAAGCGAUGCGGUCAUUUGUAGAGCUUUCUUCGCUACCUUAGUCGGUAAGGCGGCCGAAUGGUUCAAGGGUUUGGAGCAGGGGUCGAUCAGAAAUUUUGGUCAGUUGGCCGAUAAGUUUGUAAAGCGUUUCGCUGCAAGUAAAUCGAGAAAGAAAUCUUACACUUGCCUGAACAAGGUAAACCAAGCUGUGGGAGAACCGUUGUCUACUUUCCUAUUCAGAUGGGAACGUGAGGUUGAUGAGGUUGAACCGAUGGAGGACCGGGUGGCAAUCCAAGCUUUCCUUGCAUCACUUUGUUCUGGGACGCUCUACUACGACCUCAUAGUUAAUCCCCCCCGAACUUAUGAGGAUGCCAUCACCAGAGCCAAGCAUCAUGCAGAUGCCACCGAAGCUAACAUGGCAAAGAGACGCGAUGAGCAGCCGGUCAAUCGGGACAGAGGCCACGAUCAAAGGAAAAAUAAACCACCGUUCAGACACGUCAAACAAUACAAUCGACCAGAAGAUGUACCACGUUUCACUCCGUUGAACAGACCCCUGGUGGAAGUCUUGCAGUUUGCCGAGCAAUGCAAUUUGAUCCACCCACCGGAGCCGAUACCCGAGGGGGAGGACAAGAGAAAGUAUUGUGCUUUCCACAGAGUCAAGGGACACAAUACUUCGGAGUGCAUGGCCUUGCGCAUGCUCAUUGAACAACUCAUUCAGAAGGGAGAGUUGAGGCAAUUUGUGAUGAAGGAGGAUAGAAAUCAAAGAAAAACGGAGNAAUGA